CUUCAGCAGCGUCUCGGAUCAUUUGGCAGUGGCAGUUGUGGCAAUAGUGCAACGCCUAAACUCUGCGCUUGUACUUUCAGCAUGUACAUACAGUGCUUCUACAUCAACCCACUUGAGCAGAGUUGAUCCAGCUGUGCCGAGCCGGACAUCUUCAGGACUGGACACAUCGAGCAUUCCUCAGAACACCUCGGCUAAAACCAGUAGUGCACUACUCAGCUUGUCUGAACCACCCGAUAUUGCGGAUGAUCAAAGCAGUGUGUCAGCAGCAACUAGCGAUAUCCUACCUAGCAUUUGUGAACCACCGAGUUUCGUGGAUGAUGUCAACAGUUUGCUGGCGCCCUUGAAAGUGAUGCCCUUGCAGCGGCCACCUUCAACAGUGGAAACCGCUGCAGUAGCAUACGUCGCCGGUUUCGUCGUGAAAGCGAUAGAAGAACAAAGGAUGUGCAGCGCCUGCCCGAGACUGAAUGAUUCGGAACCAUCAAUAUCACCAUUGAUGGGACUUAUUAACCACCGAACUAGAGGGGGUUUGGUGUUCCCAAAGCCCGAGGUUGUAGCUGUUCUUGUAAAAGUAAAGAAGGCCAUCGACAUCGCAGUGCCACGUAUUGGCACAAACGAUGUGUGCAAGAAGAUCACGGCAAUGAUUUUGCCGCAUCUGGAGAGUUGCCCUCUAUUUAUAUGCGAGGCAAGAGAAGACCAUGCCUCGGUCACAUCGUCAAUAGUGGCAAAGAAAUUCAUAAAGCCCCUCCUAUCAAACAUUGUUGCUCUUGUUACGGACAGAGUGGCCUAUCGCAAAAAAUUAAUCCCUAAGCCGCUCAGUCGAAAGGUUGUGCGCGUUUAAACAGCUCGAGCACGCGCGAGCUGACAACUUUUUAUUGUAAAUAAAUUCCUGCAUACACUGA